AUGGCGAGCAUACCACCCACGACGAGUUCGAGUUCGGGUUUGAGUUCCCAAAUCCCGCCAUGUGCCAGUGCAUCCGAGCCGAAGCAGAUACCGUCUAUCGCUCUCUCGGUAGAUGUGAAGGGAAAGGAGUCUGUUAUCACGGCGGAAGCGGAAGCGGAACCGACGAUGGCAUUGCUAGGUGCAGUCAAGGAUCAGGAAUCAGAUUCGGAGGGGGAUGAAAAGGCGCUAGUAGAUCAUCUCGGACUUGACGCGCGGUGCAGGAUUGUGGUCGUGUCAUCGUCGAUAAAUGCUGCGCGGGCGUUUGUGGAUAGUGUGAUUGCGCUCUCAGGGGGCGAGAUGGCGAGUAGCGACAAAGCUACAGAUAAAGAGAAAGAUGCAGAAAAGGAGCCAAAGACGCCUACCGCUGCGUCGACUGAGCCGGUGGUGAUCCCGCACACACUCACGAACCGGUAUUAUACGGCGCAGGUACACUUUGCGGUGUACACAUGCGCAGGGCUGGGGCGUGUACUUGGAGCAAAGGAGGGGGAGGGGGAGGAGGAUAUGCCGCUGUUCAAGUCGGAGGUGGGGGAGGGCGGGGUGGAUGUUGGGUUCAAGAGGGAGUUUGCAGAGGAGUUUGACGGUGGGAGUGGGAGUGAGAUAACGCGGGCACCGGGGGUGGUGUAUGUGUGGGCUGAUGGCGAGGGAGAAUAUUGGAAGGAACUUGGCGGGGUUGUGAGGGGGAUGGAGAGGGUGGGGUGGGAGGCAGAGGUGUGUCUUGCUGUGCGGGUGGGCAAGGGGGGCGGGGAGGAUGAUGAAGAUGUGGAUGGGGUUGUGAUGGGGCAUGGGUUUGAGUAUGUGGAUGGGAGAGAGGAGGCGGGUGGGGAUGGGGACGAGGGCGAUGUGGGGCGGCUGCCGCGGGUGGUGGACGCGCUGAGCACGGUCAUGUGGGUCAGCAUGCAGUCCAAGGGUAAGGUGAACAGUCACACUGUGGACGCAGAGCGCGACGGGAUUAUGCGGGAGCUGCUCGAUGCAGAGGAGGAGGAGACAGAGCGCGUGAUGGAGCGGGACAUGCUGACUCCGUUUGGACGCGUCGGCGCCCUCGGCCGCAAGGUGUCGCUCGGCUUUGAGGACGAGUUUGUGCCGGGCGGAUACCGCUCACUGGGCUCUGACUUUGGAGGCAGCGAGGGGUAUCCAGAGCUGGAUGAGGUUGACGACUGGGAUGAGCCGACUCAGGAGGAGAUCGAGGAGACCGCCGGCCGGCUGUUCGGGGGGUUCCGGAAGGCGCCAGAGGGCAUCGAUCUGAGCUCGGUGCUGGAGAGUCUGCAGUCAGUCAAGAGCGACAUUGCAGCUCUACCAGACGGGGAGCGCAGAAAGAUGGCGGCGCGCGUAGCACUCGGCCUCGCGUAUGGACUGGAUAUAGAAUGA